AUGGCGGAGGCUGUGGUAGGGCAGGUGGUGGUCAAGCUAAGCGCGGCGCUGGCAAAAGAUGGGCUGACAUUUGGCAUAAAACUGCUAUGGAAGGAAGCCUCUGCCCUCAAUGGCCUCUUCAGCAAGAUCCGUGACUCCAAGGUGGAGCUGGAGAGCAUGCAAGCCUACUUGCAGGAGGCGGAACGGUUCAAGGACACCGACAGGACAACCGCCAUCUUCGUCGGAGAGAUCAGGGGCCUCGCCUUCCAGAUUGAGGAUGUCGUUGACGAGUUCACCUACAAGCUGGAGGAGGACAAACAUGGAGGUUUCGCCGCCAAGAUGAAGAAGAGGCUCAAGCAUAUCAAGACAUGGCGCCGCCUAGCGGCCAAGCUCCAAGAAAUCGAUGGCAAGCUGCAAGAGGCCAAGCAAAGAAAGAAGGAUUACUCAGUUGGCAGAUUUGCUUCGGUCGCCAUAUCGAGGAAUCGAGGUCAAGCUCUACAUUUCACCAGGGAUGAGGACCUUGUGGGGAUUGAGGAGAACAGGGACAGUUUGCUACGUUGGCUGACCGUCGGUAGCACCAGUGGUGGUGAUUUGGAGCAGACGAGCAGUAAAGUCACAACGGUAUGGGGGAUGCCCGGUGUUGGCAAAACUACUCUGGUUGCUCAUGUGUACAGCAUCGUGAAAGUGGAUUUCGACGCCGCGGUGUGGAUAACCGUGUCGGACAGUUACCGUAUUGAAGACCUUCUAAGAAAGAUUGCGGCCGAGCUCAGCAUUGGUGUCGCCAAUGUUGAGAUGAGAGGUCUAGCAGAGUCCAUCCAUAAGUACCUUCAAGGCAAAAAGUACAUCUUGGUCCUGGAUGAUGUUUGGAAUGCGCGGUUGUGGACAGAGAUAAGGAAUGUCUUCCCAACUUCCAAUUCUACCGGCCGAUUUGUUCUCACAUCAAGAAAGCAUGAAGUGUCACUGUUGGCGACUAGGGAGUCUGCAAUUCACUUGGAACCCCUACAACCACAUCACUCCUGGGUGUUGUUCUGCAAAGGGGCCUUUUGGAAUGAUGACGACAAAGAGUGCCCGUUGGAGUUGCAGAAAUUGGCCUGGAAGUUCAUAACAAAGUGUCAAGGCUUGCCUAUUGCUAUUACAUGCAUUGGCCGCCUACUCUCUGGCAAACUCCCAACUUUAGUUGAAUGGGAGAAUGUUUACAGGGGUUUGGAUUCACAGUUGGCAAAAGACGUGAUCCCUGAUGUUGAUAUGAUUCUAAAGGUCAGCUUAGAGGACCUUCCAUAUGAUUUAAAGAAUUGUUUCUUGCACUGUGCAUUAUUCCCAGAAGAUUAUGGAUUAAAGAGGAAGAUGAUAAUGAGGCAGUGGAUUGCUGCUGGAUUUAUCAAGGAAAAGGAAGAGAACAGAACCUUGGAGGAAGUGGCCGAGGGAUACUUGGCUGAGCUUGUGAACCGAAGCCUACUGCAGGUAGUUGAGAGCAACCAUGCCGGACGACUGGAAUCCUACCGGAUGCAUGAUGUCAUACGCCUUCUUGCCCUCAACAAAGCCAAGGAGGAAUGCUUUGGUGAAGUUUAUAAUGGCUCUGCUGCUGGGGAAUUCUCCGUAGAUUGUGCACGUCGCAUAUCGGUCCAGGGGGAGAACCUUGAGCAACUGAGACAAUCUGGUGUGACACAUCUCCGCGCACUCCAUGUAUUUGAAUAUAGCAAUGUUGAUUUGUUGAAGCCUAUCCUAACAUCUUCGAAUUUGUUGUCGAUAUUGGAUCUGCAAGGGUCUCGUAUCAAAAUGCUGCCCUGUGAGGUAUUCAGCUUGUUUAAUCUGCGUUAUUUGGGACUUAGAGAUACUGAUAUUGAAAGCCUACCUGAAGCAGUGGGGAGGUUACAAAACUUGGAAGUCUUGGAUGCUUCUGGCGCUAAUCUGACGUAUUUGCCGAACAGCAUUAUAGAACUUAAGAAGUUGAGAUACCUGUAUGCAUAUACUGUUCCUGGUGCAUCAGAGGCAUUACAAAUUUUCAAGGUAGGUGGAGUCAAGGUGCCUAAUGGCAUCCAGCACUUGGCAGGACUGCAUGCUCUUGAGUGCAUCAAAGCCACUCCAGAGUUUCUGUGCGAAGUUAGAGCUUUGACAGAGCUAAGAACAUUCACUGUGUGCAAUGUGAGAAGCGAGCAAUCUGCUGACUUGAGCAAUGCUAUCACUAAAAUGAGCCAUCUUGUUCAUCUUGGAAUUGCUGCUGCUGCUGAGAAUGAGGUGCUGCGGUUUGAAGGGCUAUAUUUACCUCCAGCUCUUUCUUGGCUUGGUUUAGCAGGACAACUGGAAAAGGCAUCAAUGCCUCAGCUUCUCUCUUCUUGGUCACACCUUAGUAGCCUUACUUGCUUGACCCUGGGAUUCUCCAAUAUUGAUGAGGAGACCUUUUCCUGUCUGUGCAUGUUACAUGGUCUACGCUCUCUUGGGCUAAUGAAGGCUUUCGAAGGGAAGAGGUUAUAUUUUUACGCAGGUUCAUUUCCAAAGCUUCGGUUUCUACACAUAUGGGGCGCGGCACAGCUCAACCAAGUUGGAAUAGAGAAGGGCGCAAUGCAAAACCUUGUCAUGCUAUGGUUCAUGUACUGUCCCGAGCUGAAGUUUCUUCCUGAUGGUAUCGAACAUCUUAGGGCCCUUGAAAAAUUACGUCUGGAGGACACAUCAGAAGAGCUGAUAGAGAAACUCCGGCGACAGAGAGAUUCAGAUGAAUGCAAUGGAGAUAUAAUGAAGAUUAACCACAUAAGGAAUGUUACAGUUGAACUGACACGGAAAGGACUAUUUGAAAGGAUUAGGUGA